AUGAGCGAUGACGGCGGCAAUCCAUUCACGCGCUUUGCUUUUGCUUCGGCCAAACACAACAGCAGCGCCAACGGUGACGUCAAGGUAAAGGUGAGCGAUUCCCAGCCUGGGAACUCCAGCGUCAAACGCAUUAGAAUCGAAGAGAAGGAGCGCGAAACUACCUUUUCAAGCUGUCGGAACAAGUCAAGUAAGACUGAGCAUACAGACACCACGCAAUGCAGCGAUGCACGUCACGAUGGAACGCAAGAUCUGCGACUGCAGUUACUAUUGGAACUCCAUGAAGCAAGACAGAACAUUGUGGAAACACCCAUCGACAAGUUCGGAACGCAAGCGUGCGUAGCUCCUGGUCUGUCAAGCGCUAAGGCCAGACGCUUCCAACUACUGGUGGCGGCGAUGCUUAGCUCCCAAACCCAGGAUCCGAUCACGUAUGCGGCAAUGCAGCGUCUGCAUCAACUCGGACAGAGCGACCAGGGUCUCACUAUUGCGACUUUGGAGACGACAAGCGAGGUACAGCUGAGUGAAUUGCUCAAACCGGUGGGUUUCUACCGCCGCAAGGCGCAUCAACUUAAACAAAUAGCUUUUAUCCUACGCACGCGAUUCCACGGAGACAUUCCUCGUUCAUUGAACGAGCUACUGGAGCUACCAGGCAUUGGACCCAAAAUCGGCCGUGUUAUCACAUUGCUUGCAUGGGAACAAGUGGAUGGCAUUGUGGUAGAUACACACGUUCACCGCGUUGCACAACGACUUGGCUGGGCAUCCACAUCAUCAAACCCCCAAGACACAAGACGAGAACUGGAAGAGUGGAUUCCGCCCGAACAUUGGGGUAAUCUAUCACUCGCGGUCGUGGGCUUUGGUCAGACUGUAUGCACAGCAAAACGCCCUUCUUGUUCAACAUGUCCAUUAGCUGCAAAAUGCCCCAGUGCCUUCAAGAUUGACACAACAAGGAACAAGAACUCGAGCAAGAGCAAGAGAUCUGCAUUUUUGAGACCACCACUUGAGCUCUAA